AGCAAGAGGAAACCCAAAACUUAUUCAACAAAAUGUUCAACUUGCGCUCCGUCUAUCUGCUGCUGGCCUGUGCCUUGUUUUGCCUGCUGCUGAGCUGCUCGGAGGCAGCGCCACGUCCGCAGGAGGAGCAGAGCGCGGCCGGAGACCUGGAGGCGGGCGUCGAGGCUGAGGAAAAGGAUCUGCAGGGCGCCGCCUCCUAUGGCUAUGGCUACUAUGCCUCACCAUAUCUGGGCAGCUACUAUGGCGGCGGCGGCUACUGGCCCCACUAUAGCGGCAGCUACUACGGCCUGGGUGAGUUUGGCUAUCCCUACUAUGGCGGCUACUAUGGACUGCAUCACCAUCAUCAUGGACACUAUGGACACUAUUUCUAAAUGGGAGUCAACCUCUCACCUCAUAGCUCAUGCUCAGCACUCAGCGAGGCUGCGUUCGUGACCAAAUUCCUUAGUAGUUUGCACUUUAGCUUCAAUUUAAUUGCACAAGGAUAAUUGCUUUAAUUAAGCAACAAAAUCACAAAAAAAAGAACGAGAGAAAUGAAAAAACAAACAAUAUUAAUUUAUAGCCACAAUCGUUUCAACUUAACGACCUACAUCAUCUUAAGAAGAAGCAGAGGUAGUCGCAACACCCAUACAUUCAGAAGUAUUAUAUAUAUUAGAUGUCAAAGAAACCGAGUGA